GGUAAUCACUCUCCCUCCGUAAGGAACCUCCCAGAGUUCAGUUUCACUUUCUGCCUUCCGUCAAAGCAGAAGAAUAAUGCUUAUGAAUCAGAAUCAUUCGUUUUCUGAGGGGAAAAGUGGCGAUAAUGAAUAUUUUCUUUAAUGUACUCGCAGUGACUUUGGUUUUACUCUACCAUGGUGUAUCUGGAGGCGGAGUGUCAGUGUCAGCGAUAGAGGGAGAUUCAGUGAGUCUACACACUGGGGUUGAAACAAAGCAACAAGAAGAUAUUAAAUGGUAUUUCAUCAGCGUUCGCAUCGCUCAAAUUAGUGGAGAUCUCAGUUAUAUCUGUACAGAUGUUCGGUGUAAUGCAGGUACUGAGAGAUUCAGAGACAGACUGAAGCUGGAUCAUCAGACUGGAUCUCUGUCCAUCACAAACACCAAAACCACAGACUCAGGGGAAUAUAAACUGAAAAUCAUCAGCAGCAGUGACAGUGAAAAGAUCUUCAGUGUUUCCGUCACUGAUGUUCCUGCCACUGAACAAUAUGAGACGAAGGAGGGAGAAUCUGUCACUUUAGAUCCUGGUGUAACAAAAAACCUAAAUGGUGUGGUGACGUGGUAUUUUAAUAACAUUCUCAUCGCUGAAAUCACUGGAGAUCAGAGUAAGAUCUGUGCAGAUGAACAGUGUCCUGACAAAUUCAGAGACAGACUGGAGCUGGAUCAUCAGACUGGAUCUCUGACCAUCACAAACACCAGAACCACAGACACUGGACUCUUUAAACUACAGAUCAUCAGCAGAGACAGCAGCUUCAGCAUCACCAGAGUGAAGAGAUUCAGCGUUACUGUCACUGCUGUUCCAGAUUCAGAUCUGUCUUCAGCUGCUGUAGCAGGAAUAGUUGUUGUUGUUGUUCUGCUGGUGGCUGCUGCUGCUGCUGUAGCUGCUGGUGUGUUUUACUGUCGCCGCAGGAGCCAUACUACAGUGACACAGAAUGAGGAUGAUGAUGGUAACUCGCCGCCUGAACCAAAUAACAUUCUUUUGAAUUAGAUGAGAUGUCCUUAAACUCUGUUUACUCACAAAGUGACCCAAAGAUUUCAGUAAUCGGUACCAAUACCAGUACAAUUGUCACAUCUAUUAUAUAGCAUACUAAUUUAAAUGACAUCAAAAAUGAAUGCAUCAGGGAAAAAAAACAGCAAGAAGACUGCCACACUCCGCACUAACACUUACCCCACAUUUUUCUAAGUUCACGCUAAAGUGAGCGGCCAUGUAAUGAUGCUACUACUUACAUGUUUCUGAGAAGCCACAUUUGAGGUCGAAGAACGAAAUGAAGGCUUGCAUGUCCUGACUGAUGUACAGUAAUUACCACACAUAAUAAUCUGUCCAUCACAGACUACGUGAUUUUUUUUCUUUUCUGCAACUAAGCGACUAAUACAAUUCAGCCUCUUCUGGUCAACUAACGGUUAGGCGACUAUUAGAGGGCACCCCUAGAAAUUGAUGUUUUUUUUAGUAUAUAGAGAUUUAUCAAAGCUGCUAAAGUGAUUCAGACUGAAACAGAAUAGUGAGAUAUCUGUUUCAUGUCUUUUGCACUACAAGAAGUAUUAAUGCACUGAUCUGGUUUGACAUAUCAGUCAUUAUGUCCUGCCUGUUCCUAUCCUCACUGAUAGAACUGACUGCGUUUUCAGAAAUACUGCACCAAGGUGGGCAUUACACUGGGGGGAGGGGGUGGGGGUUGUCAAGAUGCAUUUACUUAAGAAGAAAAAAAUAGAUAUAAUGUCUUGUUUUCUAAAAAAAAAAAAAAAAAAAAUUUAGAUUGUGUUUAAUACAAAAAAAAUAAUAAUAAUCUACCAGUGCAUCAGAAAAACUCAAUUUAAAAAGAAAACAUCAGCUGAGAAUUAAAUGAUGCGAGCUUGACUAAUGUCAACCUGACAGAACUAACACUAUGCUUGAUUAUUUUGCUUAUUAUUUAACCACUAACUUUAACCCUAGGUAGUCAUCCACCUUCAACAGAAAACACUGGCUGACCAAUUUUGAAUAGCGUAGCUUUUUAUAUGUACAUCAGCUACACCAGAACUAAAACCAGCUUAACCCUCGUGCAUCGAUUUAAAUUAUAGCUGCAAGCAGCAAUUAUUGGGGAUCAAGCACUUUAAGGCAUGUAAACACAUCAUAGAGAGAAAAGACCAUUCACAGCCAACACAGACAGUUUACAAGGGACAUGCAUGUGUUUUAGUGCUUUCUAACAGUUAUUGAGGAUGAGCCAAUAGUCUAGAACUAGUUUGUGAACGUUGGCUUUUGAAAUAAUCUCCCAAUAUUUGACGAACAAUUCGACUGACACAAGAGGCAAAGUUGCUCAGAAUGACGAGUUCUACCAUGCGGUCGAAUGUCGUAGGCGUGUGCGAUAUACAGUCCUUUACACGUGAAAAACACAAAGGCUGAUGGUGGCAAGAUACACUAAAGUCCUUAAAGGCAGUCUUGGCGCCUUGGACAAAGACACUGCAUGCCAAUUUUCAAGUCAAUCAGACUUAGGGUUGCAUAGUUAUAGCCAUUUUUCCAAUUUAAAACACCACUAAGUGGCCAGUUGCUGCGUCCUUUUUCAUGUGACUACAGAAUGCGCUCUUACAUAUCAGUUUACUGUACAUACAGUUUGGUGAAAAUAUCUCAUCCCAGUCAUGAGUUACAGCCAUUUUGGUAAACUUUGAACGUUUUGGCGCCCCUAGCGACCAUGAAUCGAAAUUUCUACUUUAUUUUGGUAAUUAUUGACAGUUAGACUCCAGAGAAGUUUUCUGCACCGGUUUGGUUCUGAUCGGGCCAAAAACCUAGGACUACUUCUCAAAAGUAGGACGAAAAUUACACGAUCAAAUCAGAGACAUGUUUUGUCCAUCUUGAGCCAAGUUAACUAAUUUGUAUGCCUAGUGUAAAAUAGAUUUAUUAAAGGAAAUUAGGGUGAAAUAGUAAAAUUCACUAAAAUAUACACUUCUGCCAAAAUAUAUGUAGUUGCGGUUAACACAGUCAGAAUGGUCGGGUAAAAGUAUUUUAAGUAUUGUUACACUGGCAUUAAACCUUGCAAAAAUACUUAAUGUGUUGUUUGCCUGGAGGAAUGUUACAGCAAAAUUUCUAUAUGUAAUGGAUCAAAAAUGUCAUGUCAUCUUUGUCAUACACUUACUCUGUAUAAACUGUUGUACUCUUUUUGUUGGGGGGAUUCGCUCUGAAACUGGUCUGAGAUCCUCCUGGCCAUGAUUAAAGCAUUUCAGAGGAA